GAUAAUAAACUAUCUGACGUCGAUAACAUGCCGUAUACUACAUUGCUGUAUGCAAAUGGACCUGGAUACAAUCGAGAUUUUCCAACAGGAAGAGAAAACUUGACAGGAACUAAUACAGAAGAAAAGAACUAUGUACAACAAAGUGCUGUUCCUCGAAGAUGGGAUACUCAUGGUGGCGAAGACGUCCCAGUGUACGCUCAUGGACCUAUGGCUCAUCUCUUCCGUGGAGUUUUGGAACAAACAUACAUACCUCAUGCGAUGGCCUAUGCGGCUUGCAUAGGGCCUCAAAGGAAUGACUGUGAAAGGAGAAGGAAACAAGCCUUUCAGCGACAAGUGAUUGAGUGCCCUUCAGCUCACGUUCAUGAUUCCUUCGCGCAAAAAUUGGAAAUGAGGUUCACAUGGCACAUCUGGUGGUGCUGUUGGACAUUUUAUAUCCUCUGCUGGGCACGUGCAUUUAUCACGUGAUUUCAUAUAGUGAUGUUUGAGGAAAAAGUAAAUAACUUUGUGUGAUGAAUACUGAGGUUUAAUCAGAUGUUUAAAUUAUUUCAUACUUAAAAAUAUUUACCAGCAGUGUGACUUCAUGAUUUUUAUAUCAGUGUUAUUUUAUUUCGGCCUAGAGCUUCACUGAAUAUUCGACAGAGACCCAAGAAAAGUAUUGGUUUAGUCAAUUCACAUUCCAUACUGAUGUUUUCUCAAAGUAACAUGAUACUUGCAAAAUGUACCGACAGAAAUGCGUUUAAUGUUAACUUUUUAUUUGUGUAGUUAUUUGUGAAUAUGUAAUAUUUAUUCUGCAACAUAUGCUUGUCGAAUAUUAUCCCAUUUCAUUUAAUUUGCAUCACGAUGAAAUGUUAAUGAACUGCACAAGACGAAAAUUACCAAUUAUGUUACGAAAAUAUCAAACAUUUUACAAGUAGACAAAACAUUUACUAUGCUAAAACAAAUCUUACCAUCAGGUAAAAUGAGUUUUUUUUUUUUUUUUUUUCUGUGGCAA